UUGCCGGGGUUUAGCAGGGGGCUUUCGGUAAACAAGCCCUGAAACUUGUGCCUUUGAGCUGGGCGGACGCAGCGGUGCCAGGCUGAGGGCAGCCUUGAGAUCGUGUCCAGCCAAGCCGGGUGUUUGUGAGUCUUUGAUGUAGCCUCAAAAGUUUUUCUGUGAGGGAGCAUGAUCACCUUCAUGAACAACUCUGACAGCGAGGAGGAAGCCUGCGACGAGAGGACAUCCCUGAUGUCAGCGGAGAGCCCCCUUGUACCAUCUUACCACGAUGGCGUGCAAGCACCCGAAACAGCCGAAACUCACACACAUCGGAAACGGCACACUAGCAGCAGUCACAGCUCGAACAAAGCUGAAGACGGCAGCGCGUCUGACUUAGAAAGAGCUCCAGUUGGACACGUCCUGGAUAACGAAGAGGAAGAGUUGACCUUAAAAUAUGGAGCCAAACAUGUGAUCAUGCUUUUUGUGCCUGUCACGCUUUGCAUGAUUGUGGUUGUUGCGACCAUAAAAUCGGUGCGUUUCUAUACUGAAAAGAAUGGGCAGCUGAUUUAUACCCCAUUUACUGAAGACACACCCUAUGUAGGCCAACGACUCUUGAACUCUGUGUUGAACACCAUCAUCAUGAUCAGUGUGAUAGUAGUAAUGACAAUCUUCUUGGUUUUGUUGUAUAAAUACCGUUGCUACAAGUUUAUUCAUGGCUGGCUGAUUCUCUCAUCUUUGAUGCUGCUGUUCUUAUUCACCUACAUCUAUCUUGGUGAAGUGCUAAAGACCUAUAACGUGGCUAUGGAUUACCCUACGUUGUUCUUCGUCAUUUGGAAUUUCGGAGCUGUUGGGAUGAUUUGCAUCCACUGGAAGGGGCCCUUGCAGCUCCAGCAAGCCUACCUCAUCAUGAUCAGUGCCUUGAUGGCUUUAGUUUUCAUUAAAUACCUGCCAGAAUGGUCAGCUUGGGUCAUUCUAGGAGCCAUAUCUGUUUAUGACUUGAUGGCAGUUUUAUGUCCAAAAGGACCACUCAGAAUGUUGGUGGAAACAGCGCAAGAAAGAAAUGAGCCCAUUUUCCCUGCGCUUAUUUAUUCCUCUGCUAUGAUGUGGACGGUAGGAAUGGCAAAACAGUGUCCAGCACGUAGAGGAUCUGCUCCACAAGCAUGGGAUCCAGCGGAUGUACAAGAGAACCGUGACAGUUCUUCAUACGUUGAGCCUGAAAUUCCAGAGAUGAGAAAUUCAGUGGCAAACCAUCCAGUCACAUCUUCCUUGGAAGAAACAGAGGAGGAAGAAAGAGGUGUCAAGUUAGGCCUUGGAGACUUCAUAUUCUACAGUGUGCUUGUGGGUAAAGCAGCAGCCACUGCUAGCGGUGACUGGAAUACAACUCUGGCUUGUUUCAUAGCCAUCCUCAUAGGCUUGUGUUUAACUCUUUUAUUGCUGGCUGUAUUCAAGAAAGCAUUACCUGCCCUUCCGAUCUCUAUCACCUUUGGCCUGAUCUUCUACUUCUCAACAGACAACCUUGUGCGACCUUUCAUGGACACGCUUGCAUCUCAUCAGCUAUAUAUUUAAAAAAAGGAGGGGAGGAGGAAGAGAUGCUGAUAGGAUCCUGUACUUUCUUUGGGGUAGAUCUUUCUUUUAAUCUUCCCCUUACACCCUUCUGGGUAGUUUGCUGCCACCAGGAAUAUAUUAUUCCAAAAUAUUUUAUUCAAAUUUCCCCUUUGGUAACGUGUUUAAGCGUCAGGCUCCUUCAUGGUUCUAUGUGGCCCUGAGGAUAUGAAUGGGAUAUAGCAAUGACAGCUACACUGGGAUAUAACAAAACAAAAUAAAUGUUUAUUUUUCAAGAAG